UUUCAGAAUGGGUGCCAAGGUAAAGGAUCAGACGUCCGUCGAGAUGCAUGAUAUACCAAAAAAUCAAGCUCAUCCAGAAGAUGAUAAACCACAUUCAUGGAAGGAUGCGCUGUUCGGAAGACGUGCUAGAAAGUAUGCCUUCGUAUUUAUUGUCGCUUUUCUGGCUGUUCUCACCGUCAAAGAUGUAUUCGACCUGUUCGAGGAAUACUUUGACUAUCCAAAAGAAUCGGACAUCAACAUCGUUUUCAAUGAAUCAAUGACAAUGCCAAAUGUUACUUUCUGCAUGUCUCGACAACAAGCCUGGUCCCAUUUCAAAUUGAAUCUUACUGCGCCCGCGGAUGAGUGGGAUGCAGUUGUUGAUGAAAAUCUUGCAAAUAUGACUGAUCACGACGCAUUUAUGAAGACUCCAUGGGAUUAUCGACUUGUAAUGGAAGCAUACGACAUGAUUGCUACAUAUAGUAGUUUGGAAAGAGAGACAACUGCUCAUGGAUCAGCACGUUCCAUUCACGUGUUUAAAAACGCUCCAAGACUUGCGGCAAAGAGAAAAACGUUCAAGAAAUGGAGAGAUAUUCUCGACUCUCGUGGAAUCACAUUCGAUGAGUUCACUCAAAAGACUGGAAUUGAAGUUCUUCGCCGUUCAAUGCAAAGAUUCAGAAGACGCACGUUUGAUGAUGAUGAAACUGUGAUCAAAACGAAACUUCGCAUUUCUUGGAUUUCCCAGAUGCAAAUCUGCUUCCAGCCAGAAUUCGAUCAAGACAAUUUUAAGACUAUUGACGACCAGGGAGUGUUCUUUGACAUGCUUCUUUCUCAUAACGCUGAGAAUACUGAAGGUCAAAAAAUUGACUGUAUGUCCGUAGAUUUCCAUGGAAGACCAUCAUCAUUGAACAGAUUCAUGGAAGGAAAGGGUAGAUCUAGAGAUGGAUACGUUGAUGAGGUUUGUUUGGGACAGCGUCACGAGGUAACAGCUCAUGUCACUGCACUCUAUCAAAUGUUAGAAAAUGACGAACAAGGUACAAGAUGCCGUGAUGUAGAAGACGGAGAAGACAGUGAGUUCAAUUGCCGAUCUCGUUGCCGUAUGGAGAUGAUCCGUGAUGCUUGUCAUUGUACUCCACUUUCAUUAAGUUACCUAGCGAAAAAAGAAGACAUGGAAAUCUUCCCAUUGUGUGACUAUACACAAUGUACUGUCGAUGUUCAAAAGGGUAACUACUCUGACACAGAAUGCGCCAACAAAUGUUUCCCCGAUUGCCGUCAAAUUAGAUUCGAGGUUGAUCACUCUGUAAAAGGACGUAUGCUUCGUCCUGAUUUAACACUUGUUGAACUUUCCUGGGGUCCAUUCGAAUAUCUGACUAUGGAACAACAAUGGAAAUAUAGUGCCACCUCGUUUAUCGCUGCAUUGGGAGGAUCCAUUGGAAUGUGGCUUGGACUUUCGAUUUUGUCACUUAUCCAACUCGUAACAUAUUCUUACACCUACUUCACAAAGAAGAUUGUUAAUGAGAGAAUUCUCAAGAAGGGAAAUACUUUUGAUAAAAAGGACGAGGGAGACGAGGAUGGUGACUUCACAAUUGACAACGGAACUGAGAGAAAGAAGAUGUCAUUGGCAGAGAAUCCGUUCGCCGAAUUUUUCCCAGCCGGAUCACCGGAACAACCGAAGAAGAUGGGCUCUAAGCCAAAUUCACGUCAAGCAUCUCUUGAUAAGGAUGGAGGCAAUGCACAAGGAUACAGUUCUAAUCCACGAGCUUAAAAACGUUGACUAUAUUGUUAGAUCGAUCAAACUUCAAUUACUGGUUCUUAAUUUCAUAAUUUUAAAUUAGUUGUUCCUCUCAGGUUGUUAAUCAUCUUCUUUUUCUCUUUUUCCCUCACUUUUUUUUUCCUUUUGUUCCCCCAUUCCCAAUAAUAACCUAUUCCUGUGAUCUACAUGAUUCUCUCUCUUGAAAUAUAUUCGAAAACGAAAUAAAACGAACUCACCUGUGAAGAG